AUACAGCAUACGACGUUUCCGCCUGUGGCACUUUGGGGCUGCCUGUAGAUGCUCCUGUUUGUUAACAGCUGUGGCCAAAGUCACGCACUGAAUCGUUAAAGGGAUUGACUUGCUUCCUCACAGUGACUUUUAGAUAUUUUAUAAAUCCCGCUGCUUUGCACCAGACCUGUAAGCUGCGCAGCGCACGGAGCGCUUUCACUGAUUUUAGUUUUUUCGGGUAGGGGGGCGACCUUGUUCACCAAACCCCCCCGUCCCAGCCUUGAAGAACUUUAGAGUUUGUUCACUCCAACCAAGCACUUUCCAAGAGAUCCGGAUAAAAACGACGAGACUUGAGCGCAGCGGAAAAGGAAAUCUUAAAUCCACCUGGCCUGCACUGGGAUUAUUGGUUUGAUAUCGUCUGCAGAGAGUGGAUUACAACUUCUAACGGGCUGUGCUCCCUGAUCAGUGGCAGUAUGAACCUGGGCCUGGGCUGUGUGUGUCGGCCGGUUUGCUGGCCCUUUGGCAGCGUGUUGGACUCCAGGCACUGCGUCUUUGCCCUCACGCUCCUCACGCUCCUCAUGCAGGUGGUGGUGGAGGCCAACUCGUGGUGGUCGCUGGCCAUGAACCCUUUACUGAUCCCUGAGGCCUACAUCAUCGGUGCACAGCCUCUGUGCAGCCAGCUGGUGGGCCUGUCACAGGGCCAGAAGAAGCUGUGCCAGCUCUACCAGGACCACAUGCAGUACAUCGGUGAAGGUGCCAAGACGGGCAUCAGAGAGUGCCAGUACCAGUUCAGACACCGGCGCUGGAACUGCAGCACGGUGGACAACUCCUCCGUUUUUGGACGCGUCAUGCAAAUAGGCAGUCGAGAAACCGCAUUCACUUAUGCCAUCAGCGCAGCAGGGGUGGUGAACGCGGUGAGCCGUGCCUGCAGAGAAGGGGAGCUCUCCAGCUGUGGGUGCAGUCGUGCCGCUCGCCCCAAAGAUCUUCCCCGAGACUGGCUGUGGGGCGGCUGUGGGGACAACCUCAACUACGGCUACAGGUUCUCCAAGGAGUUCGUGGACGCGCGAGAGAGGGAGAAAAGCUAUCCCAAGGGCACAUAUGAGAGUGCACGGCUGUUGAUGAAUCUCCACAAUAACGAGGCAGGAAGACGGACGGUGUCAGACCUUGCCCACGUGUCAUGCAAGUGCCACGGGGUAUCGGGCUCCUGCAGCCUAAAGACCUGCUGGCUGCAGCUGGCCGACUUCCGCAAGGUGGGCGACGCGCUGAAGGAAAAGUACGACAGCGCCGCGUCCAUGAAACUCAACACGCGCGGCAGGCUGGUGCAGAUGCACAGCAAGUUCAACGCUCCCACGAGCCACGACCUGGUCUACAUCGAGUCCAGUCCAGACUACUGCUUGAAGAACCAAAGCACGGGCUCCCUGGGCACAGUGGGGCGCCUUUGCAACAAGACCUCAGAGGGCAUGGAUGGGUGUGAGCUGAUGUGCUGCGGCAGAGGUUACGACCAGUACAAGGCCCAGAUAGUGGAGCGCUGCCACUGCAAGUUCCACUGGUGCUGCUACGUCAAGUGCAAGCGGUGCACCAAAAUUGUAGACCAGUUCGUCUGCAAGUGAGAAGAGGAAUGCUUGCCUGUGUGCGUUUGCUUGCAGACGGUGGGCCAUACAUCUGUGUGUAUUCAUGAGCAGAUGAGCAAAGGAGCUGAACACAGAGAGA